ACAGCUCAGUGAGAGGGCACGCAGCUAACAGGGGACACGAAAUACACCCCAAAAUCUCCCAACAAACCUGCGGGGAGUCCUGUGAAGAUGAGCAGGUUCGCCGGACUUCUGCGGCGUACGUUUGGAGUAGUACGCGAGCACGUCGGGACAGAUCUUUUGGGGAAUAAAUAUUACAUAAUCCCAGAACAGAGGACAUGGACAGGAAGGCUCAUCCGUGCCAAGCGGAUGGUAGUGGCAGCCAAUCCUUCAGAAUAUGAGUAUAUAGAAGGCAGCAUACCGAUGGAGUGGGACGCAUGGAUCCGAGGCAGACGGAAGGAGCCCCCCUCUGUCGAGGAGCUGCUACAGAACGAGUCUAACAGGCAGCAGAUCAAACUAAAGGCCAUGGAGGUGGAGGAGAAAGAUCUGGCCCUGCAGGCCAAGGAAUAUGAGGAGGGUCUGGUGGCAACUCCCGUAAAGACUCUGGCCAAAGGCCAUGCAGCCACCACCAGCUUCGGCAAGCAGGAGAUCAGCGCAGACCCCACCACAAACGCGAACACGUUCCAGCCCGGCACCUGGAUUCCCAAUCCCAAGAAAUAGAACAAGAAGAAGAAGAAGAGGAAGUGAAGACGAGGCUUUACUCAUCUUGAAGCCAACAAGUGACCACAAAAAUUUGAUCUAGUUGAAAGUUCUGUUCCGUAAAAAUAAAAAUGUGAAUGUUUAUA